AUGGAUUUCCUCCCAGGCCCCCACACUGACGGACCCUUGGACGUUCCUGCAGGAGACAGUCUGAUGCUGAAAGCCAAAUUGCCGGUGCCCUCCGUCCUCCUCAUCCACGUCUGUGCCCGGCCGAAAGCUGCGCCAGACCAGGUCAACGGGUUACGCUUCAUUAGGAUCACUAAAGGUCAAGUCCUUGUUAUCUGGUCUGACCACUGUGUCAAUUCAAAAUGCAUCAAAACAUAUGAAGUGGAAUUAUCCGCAGGCGGCAAGGCUUUCGGCAAAAUCAGCACCCAGAACACUAUUUUUACUUCUUAUGUUUAUUCACCAGUGGACCAGGAGGUCAGUGGUCUGUACAGAGUUCGAGCUAAAUGA